CUCGGUCUCUCUCCUCUCAAGCGCUCGAUUUCACCUCUCAAGCGCUCGAUUUCACCCCUCAUCUCUCUCGACAGUCUAGAUUUCGCCGGAGCGUCCGCUUCUAGGGCUUCGGUUUUGGAUUUGGUGGUGGCUGAUCAUUUGGUCGAGUUCAGAGCUACUAUGUCUUUGAAUGAAUUUACUGCAUGCGAUGAUGGUAGUGAAUCUGGUAAUGAAACUUUAUCUAUACGUAAAAGAAGAGCAAAAUCAAAAGUUUGGGAGUAUUUUACUGAGUUGCCUGUUGAUAGUGAUGGGAAAGCUAAAGUUCAGUGCAAGAAAUGUGACCAAGUUUAUGUUAGUGGUUAUGGUACCACAAAUAUGUUGAGGCAUAUUCAUUCUUGCCCAAAAUGGGAUAUAGAUGAGGUUGAUUCAUCGUGGAAAACCAUGCCAUUAGAUCAAGAUAAUUACAGAGAAAUGUUGGCUAGGGUCAUUGCAUUGCAUGGUUAUUCAUUCUGUUAUGUGGAACAUCGAGGGAUACGCAAAUUACAUACAUUUUUAAAUCCUGAAGUUAAGCAUAUCUCGAGGAACACCACUAAAGCUGAUUUGCUUAAGUUGUACCAGAAAGAAAAAAGAAUUCUUAAACAAACUUUGAAGCUAGUUCCUAGCAGAAUCAGUCUAACUACAGACUUGUGGACCUCUUCAACAUCAGAUUACUACAUGUCUCUUACUGCACAUUACAUUGAUGAGCAAUGGAUCUUGCAAAACAAAAUAUUAGCUUUGUCUCAUGUUUCACCCCCAUAUAGUGGGGCAAUUUUAGUAGAGAAGCUAUUUCAUUUACUGAAGGAGUGGGGCAUAGAAAAAAGAAUUUUCACUGUUACAUUGGAUAAUGCAUCAUAUAAUGAUGCUUUUAUGAAGAUUUUGAAAGACCAUCCUGCUUUAAAGGAGCAUUUUGUCUCCAAGGGUGAAUUUUUGCAUGUACGAUGUUGUGCUCACAUUUUAAAUCUUGUUGUACAAGAUGGUUUAAAAAUAAUUGAUAAAUCUUUAUCCAAGUUUAGAGAAUGCAUUAAAUAUGUAAAGAGUCCUCCUGGAAGGAAGAAAAAAUUUGCAAAGUGUAUCGAACAAACUUAUUCAGUUGGUGCAAAGAAAAUUCAACAAGAUGUGUCCAAUAGGUGGAAUUCCACCUUUUUAAUGUUGGAGAGUGUUUUACCUUUUCGUCGGGCAUUUGAGCAAUUGAAGGUAAUCGAUUCAAAUUUUAUAUUUUGUCCAUCAACUGAAGAAUGGGUAAAGGCUGAAAAAAUAGCAAAGUUCUUGAAACCUUUUUACGAAGUGUGCACUCUUUUUUCUGGAAGUAAAUACCCAACUUCUAACUUGUAUUUUGGUGGAGUUUGGAAGAUACAAAAAUGCAUAAAGGAAGAGAUGACAAGUGAAGAUGAAGACAUAAAAUCCAUGGCAAGUGAUAUGGAGAAAAAGUUUAAUAAAUAUUGAAAGUGUUAUAGCAAGAUUUUGUCCUUUGCAUGCAUCUUAGACCCCGUUAUAAGGUGAAAUAUGUGGAGUUUUGUUUUCAAAAAGUGGGUCUUGGUUCUACUCAUGUGGUGACUCUCUUGGAUAAGUUAAAGCUUCUUUACAAAGAAUAUGAGAAAGCAUCAAAUGAUAUAUGCAUGGCCGGUAGUAGUUCGGAAGAGGCCUUUGGAGAUGUUCGUGAUGAUGAGAUGCUUGAGUUUGAACAGUUUGAGAGCCAAGUAGUUUCAGUCAGUAGGACCAAGUCUGAAUUAGAAGAGUAUUUAGAUGAAAAGAUACUUUCUUGGAAGAAAAAUGAGAAAUUGAAUGUUCUUGAAUAUUGGAAAGUAGAAUCUGAGAAGCGUCCUCAAUUAUCCAUGAUGGCUCGUGAUAUACUCAGUAUCCCUAUUACUUCAGUGGCCUCUGAAUCUGCUUUCAGUAUAGCUGGUCGUGUGCUUGAUAAGUACCGCAAUCGUUUUCUUCCGGAAAAUGCCGAAGCUCAAAUAUGCCUUGGUUCUUGGUUAGAGGAGGUUCCUUCUUUGGAAGAUAUUGAAGAAGGACAUCUGUUGGUGCAUGAUUUUAGUGAUAUUCAAAAUUUUGAAUCUGAAGGAGGGUGGUGAAGUGCUUGUUAGAAGAUUUGUCAUCUAUUAAGGAGGUGUGUGUUGAUUGUGGUAGCAGCAGUGAUGCUUAUACUUGCAGUAAUUGGUUUUAUACUCGCCGUUCUUUGCCUGCAACAAGAGCGAAGAGAUGACAUCAAACUACUUUUGGAUCAUGUACAUGAGUUUGAGAACGAUCGGUAGUUUAAGAAAAGUCUAAGAUCAACCGCCUCUUUCACUCUCAUCCAGUUUUAACUUAUCUUGUAGUGGUUAUUGUUUGAUAGACAAUGGACUAAAAAGGCCAAUCUCUUUCAGCAUAUGUUGAUCUAUAUAAUGUUUACUAGUCGUAAUGCUGUGUAUAAAACUUGGGAUCUUAGCGCUUCACAUUUUGAUUUU